AUGCUGUUUGUCAGUUUUCGAAUUUGUCUUUGAACUUUCCUCCGCACUCUAAUGGCUGAAUGGCAGUGGAAGCCGCAUGUGUUUUGACCGACUCGGUUAAAUUUUACAUAUUUUAAAAGUUAAUCUGAGGAUUCGGGACAAUUUAUUUGCAGGACGUUCGUGCACGGGAGCGACAAGUGUUAGUAAGAUUUACCAAGAUUCGAUUGCACGACUGGACUCCAUUACCUUGAACGCUUGUAAGAAGCAGAGGGUGCUGUGCUGUAAUCACUUCCCGAAAUGUGAGCGUGGUUGUGGAGUACAGAUUCAGUUCCUUGAUCGGGAGCAGCUCUUUACAUCGUCGGAAUCCAGCCUUGCGUCACAGCUGAAAACAUGUCCCGGUUAAUAUCGGUCCUGCGAGGUAUCCGUGGCGUUUUAUUCUGCUUACUGAUGUUCCUCAGCAGCGCGCUUGGAAGUGUGUUCGUGCUGUUCCCUACCUUGCCUCUUCUUUACGUCAACCGGCGCCUGUUUCGAUGGUUGGGAGACCACAUUAUCGCUUUGUGGGAAUCGUAUCCUGUGGCUUUGCUGCACAUUCUCUGCCGUGUUGACAUCCGUAUAUUCGGGGAUGAAAUCGACCCGGAGAAAAAUUCUCUCAUAAUUAUGAAUCACCGAACUAGGCUAGAUUGGUUAUUCCUCUGGACAGCUUUGUAUCCUGACGCACUGCCACGGCACAAAAUAAUCCUAAAACGGGAUUUGAAACGCGCUCCUGGAACCGGUUGGUCAAUGCAAUGCGCCGGCUUUUUAUUCAUCGAUCGCAAAUGGGAGAGCGAUCAGGAGCUGUUUCACAAGGCCAUAGAAUAUGUGUCGCAUGACAACCGCAAAGUGAACAUGCUCCUUUUCCCUGAAGGUACAGAUUUCAAUCCGCGAUCUCAAACCCGAAGCGAUGCCUUCGCCUUGACGAAUGCUCGACCGAAAUUGCUCCACUGCAUUUACCCACGCGUCCGUGGCUUUACUUUUCUUGCCGAGCUUAUGAGAAAAUAUAAUGUUUUGGAUGAAAUUUACGACAUUACAAUCGUGUAUCCGAAAGAGAUUAUCCAAAGUGAACCUCAAAUGCUUCUUCGAGGCCCACCAAGUGCUAUUUACUUCUUAAUAAAGCGUCAUGGAGCGGAAGAGCUGCCGGCAUCCACCACCGACCUCGAAUCAUGGUUAUCAGAUUGCUGGACGAAUAAAGAACAGGAGCUUGCGGAGUUCUACAAAAGUAGACAAUUUCCUCCCAAAUUUUUGGGGCGACAACUAUUUGCCAUCCCGUUGUUAUGGGUUUCUUUGAUUGUGUGGACGGCUUUGAUUGUAUUUUGGCUAUGGCUGUUGAGUACGUCGCUGUAUGCUGAUAUUUUCUUUGUGAUCGGUUCUGGUGUCUAUUGUUUCUUCACGUAUAUUCUCGGUGGUGUCGAUAGAUUUGAAUUGCGGCGUUUUCUUGCUGAAAAACACUGAUAGCAGCAAGCACCUCUGUAUAACUGUCUAAAACAUUUCCUUGAAUGCUGAACAUGACAGUCAAGUUCGUCUUAUGCUCAUUUUCAUCAAGUUCGGAAAUUACUUGCAUUCAUAACUGUUAAGGUCAACCCCGCGCUCGGU